CUAUGCAUUAAACCGUCUGCUGAAUGUAAAUGUACUUAUUACUACCAGCCAAAGGUAAUUAGUUACACUACUAGUUAUAUUACUUUUCUAUUGCACCCUCCACCAAAAAAGUUUUGUGAGUCUGUGAAUCCAAGAAAGUUGCAGAUGAAUGAAGAGUACAACGGCCUCAAACUAUUUGUUAAACAAGUUAUGUAAUGUAAUAAAGCAGUAAUAUACAUACCAAAAUUUGCAACAGGCUCAAGCAGGUGCCAAAUAAACAUGUAACUAGCAACUAGCCCUUUUUGGAUGGUAACUGUAAUAAUCCAGUGUUUUUUAGUAAUUAAUUAUACUACCAGUUACCAAGGAAAAGUAAUAUUAUUACAGUAGCCUAACUAGUUACUAUUAACUACUUUCUGCCCAACACUGUGAACCUUAAUCCAUUUUCUACAUUUUAAACUUUGUGAAUGGAUUUGGGGAAUUUUUUACACUAAUAUAGCCACUAAUAUGAUAACAAUACACGGUCACUAUUUUCUUUCAUAUGAUAAUUAGGGUUCAUUUGAUAAGAAUUAAAUUGUCAGAGAUAAAUGUUACUGAAUGUUAAAAGUAUAAGAGUCUACUUUUACAGUUUAAAACAACAAGUAAUUAUAAUACAAACCUACCCUAGAGAAACACUUUAUAUACAGUAAAGACAGUACCAAAUACUGCAAUGAUAAUUAAAAUGAUGUUAUAUAUGGCUAAUAUUUAUGUGUUUCCAUGACAGGCCUAGCUUUGGGUCAAAGGACAUUUAAAUAGAAGAAUAUUUUUAUAGGCCAUUUUGCAAGAUGUAAACAACACUGAUCCAGAAACACUUCCUGUUUCAGUUUUUUAACACUGAACAAAAUAUUAAUAUUAAUUAAUAUUGGAACAAAAUACAACCAACAGAGAGUGUAGAAUUGAAUCAAAAUGUAAAAUAAAUAUUAACUAAAAAAAAAAAAAUUAAAACAAGAAGAAGUGUUUUUGGACCAGUUUACAUCUGGCAAAAUGGUCUAUAGUUGUUCUCUGUAAUAGAUCUACCUUGAAGUCUAUCUUGUGCUUAUUAUUUUGUUUAACACUGUUUUAUACAAAAUUCUGCCUUUAUUGUAUUUUUUAUGUUUGACGUUUUAAACUAUUUCUAUUUCACAAGGUGAUGUCACAGUAGAGGUGACGCUAAUGGAACUGUAUGCGUGUGUGAUUAUUUCGUCAUUGUAAGAGGGCUAUAUAAGACCGCGCGAAUUCCAGAAAAUUUGUGGGUUUAUAGUUAGGAGAGUUGUUGUUACUGUUGCUAAUUGUCGGAGUGGUUUUUUCAUAUUUCGUAAUUUUUGUGUUUUUGUUCUGUUUUUGUUUGUUUCGAGUGUGUUUUUGUUUGUUUUUGCUGUGUGUUUUGUGUGUGUUUAUUUGUUUGUUUGUUUGUUUUGAUGAUUUAUAAAACGCCAAAAAACCCCGCUGCGGUUAGCCGGCCAUUCUUUGGCCGGCUAAUCGCACGGGUUUUUUUGGCGGUCUACAGGCUGGUCCUGUUCUUUUUGGGCUUCCCGGACCGUAGCAGUGAACCGGAGGUUCGCCGCGGACAAAACAUCAGGCGUCCUCGGAUGCCAGCUGUGGAGUCCGCGGUGAUGCCGGUUCGCCGUAUUUCGGAAUUCACGGCCAUGGAGACCUUAAGCAUGCGUGACCUGGCAGCCCAAGUCACCAGCAGCUUGCUGAGUUUCCCAGAAGUGACGAUAGACGCUCUGGGAGAGGAUGAAGUUACGCUUGACUCCGUACUGCAUGGAAGAUUUACUGUUGGAAAGAGUGGACUGGCCUGGCUUGCUUGCGGGCCCCAGUUGGAGGUGGUCCAUGCAGUUACUGGCGAGCGUUUCUCCGCUUACCGCUUCAGCGGGGUGUUCGAGCAUCCGCCCACGGUGUUGGCCGUGCGGGAUUUCUGUUGGCUAAAGCGAACAGGGCUUCUCGUGGGUCUGGAGGAAGGUGAAGGCAGUAUAUUGUGCCUUUAUGAUCUUGGCAUCUCCCGUGUUGUCAAGGCUGUGGUCAUACCUGGCAAGAUAACAGCCAUUGAGCCCUUGGUUAGCUAUGGAGGGGCCAGUGCCAGCACACAGCAUCUGCAUCAGAGUCUACGUUGGUUCUUUGGAGUUGCUGCUGUGGUAACAGACGUCGGUCACGUUUUGCUGGUUGACCUCUGUCUGGAUGACCUGUCCUGCAGCCAGAGUGAACUGGAAGCCUCAGAUUUGGAAGUGGUCUCUCCCUCUGAGAUCCCACGCUUUAGAGAGGGUGCGAUUCAGCAGGGCAGACACCUGUGCCUGCAGCUCAGCAGCCCCACAGAUACAGGGGCAACAGCGCUGCAGUAUAUACAGCGGACCAACCAGCUUGCUGUAGGCUUUGCUGAUGGCUACCUGCAGCUCUGGAACAUGAAGACCCUCAAAAAAGAAUAUCACUCACGGCUAGAGGGUGGCAGAGUGCCCGUCUACGCGUUCACGUUCCAGGAACCAGAGAAUGAUCCCCGAAACUGCUGCUAUUUGUGGGCCGUGCAGUCAGCACAGGAUCAUGAGGGGGAUGUGGUUAGCAUUCAUUUAUUACAGCUGGCCUUUGGAGAGAGGAAGUGUUUGGCUUCAGGGAAAAUUAUCUAUGAGGGUCUAGAGUAUUGUGAUGAGCGAUAUAGUCAGGACCUGAAUGGCACGGCGUUCCCACUCAGGGCUCAAGCUACUAAUACUCGUUUGAUCGGCUGCCAGACUAUAGAGAAGUUUCGUCACCAUCCUGAUCGCGAUGACAGCAUGAAUGAAGUGCCAUCUCCGGAUACAAGCGUAUCAAUUUUUAGCUGGCAAGUCAAUUCUUACGGACAAGGCCAGCCAUCUACCUUCAUUGGUGUUUUUGAUAUUAACAGAUGGUACCAUGCUCAGAUGCCAGACUCACUAAGAACGGGUGAAUCUUUGAGAAAUUGUCCUUAUCUGGCAGUGUGGUCUCUUGACUCUGUGGUAGAGAUGACUGCUUCCUGUCCUCUGAUGGACCUUAUUGUUCAUGAACGCAGUCUAAGUAGGGGCCUGCCUUACACCUGCCCCCCACCAGAGCAGUUCUUUAAUCCCACAACCUACAACUUCGAUGGAAGUUGUUUGCUUAAUACUGGAAUUGUGCACUUUACUUGCUCUGGUCAUCAAAAAGAGACCCUGAGCUACUUGAAGAAGCUGGCUCCAAGUUUGGGCGGCAGCAUUACGAUUGGAUACUCGCGCUGCCUUAUGUCUGGUCUCCUGUCCUCUCGUCCUGCUGAUGUCCAGCCCUCUAGCCUCUCACAGGAAGAGCAACUUGAUGCCAUCUUAUGCACCGCUGUAGAGACGAGCUCCUUGGGAUUCAUCACUGGCUGUAUUAAACAGUGGACCACUGAGGAGCAAGCGGGGUCAGCCGUGAAUUUGCGCUAUAUACUGGAGUGGGCCUGGAACAAGUUUGUGCGCACCAAAGAAGAGCUGGAUGAAAUAUGUGCUCCACUCUUUGACAGCUUCACAAAUUUCACAGAUCCAGAAACACUUCAGCUCCUACAGCACAGUCAACGCUUGCUGGCAAACCUCAGCACCAUCUUCCAUUGUUUUCUUAAUGGGGCACAGGAGAUCACACACAAAGGGUUGGUUGGACUCAUGACCAAAUGCAUGGUGUCCAGUUUGAUGUCUCACUAUGCUCAGGUGGUUCUGUGGUUCUGCCGUACCGGCUUCCUUCCAGAGGGCACUGAUGAUGAUGUCCAGCAAAUAUCAAGGCCCUUUUACAGUCAUUCUAUUAUAAAGAACUACUACGUUAGCAAAAGGGAAGAGCUGCAGAGACUUGCCAAGGAUAAGUGGUGUGCGGACUGCCUAAUGAUUGACGGUCUGGUAACGCAGUGUGGGGAGGGUCUAGUUGAACUCUGGAGAAGGGAUGAGGGUGGAACUGGACAGUAUCCUCCCCCGACACUUCAUGCCUUGCUUGAUAUAUAUCGGCUGGAAAACGUUGAGGAAUCUGCCAGACAUGCUAUUGUUAUUUAUUUCCUAAUGGAUUUGAGUACGUCAGUGGAGUCUUUUACCACAGCAUUUGGCAUUCCGAUUGGAAUAGUCAAAUUGGUACAAGGCAUGUGGUUGCUAGACCAUCAUGAUCAUGAGAGAUCUCUGGAGCUGCUCUUGCAUCCAGCCACCAGUCACUCACUUUGGAGCUGGCAACAUGAACGUGUCCUGCAAGCUUUGAUGUGUCAGCAGAAGCACACCCUUGCUCUACGCUACUUGCAUGCGAUGAAGCCUCCACUGUGCACUACCAGCCAAGCCAAGCUUUCCCUUUCAGUCCUGCUCCAUAACAGGUGUAUUGUGGAGGCAUGGGCGUUGUUAAGGCAGCACUGUAUUAAGUUAAACAUGGAAGAGCUGAUGAAGUUUUUCUUCGAUACGUGUCAGGAGCUAGGUCUGAAGAAAGAGCUACUGAAUCUGCCACUUGGCAUGGCAGAACAGGCCGAUCGGGACCCUAAGAUGAAGGAAAGGUCAAACUCCAUUUUAAACCACUCCAGAGAGGCAGAGAUGCAAGUGCUUGUCCCCAGGCUUUUGGAUUUGGUCGUGCAGCCAUCUUCCCAAACUUCUUCUAAUUUGCCGGGUACACCAUCAAGGUCCAUAAACUCAUGGGCUGGCCCAAAGAUUAUCAGUAAAGCUCCAGAGCUCAAUCUGUUGCAAACUCCACAAGUGGUAAAGGUGAGCAACCCCAUGAUUUUACGACCCACUCCCGUGGCCACCCCUUCAGCUUCUCCAGGCCGGUCCAUCUCUCCCACACCUUGCCACAAAGAAAGUCACAUUACUUUUAUAGAGGAAGCUGACUCUCCAGAGCCUCCCAAGGGAUCUGUCCACUGGAACAACAGGGACAAUGGCCUGGUAGAUGAUGCAGUGGAAACUGAAGCUGUCAAACCCAAAAAGAAGAGAAAAUCUAGGACAAAGGCGGCUCCAGAACCUCCACCGCCUGUUCAGAUCAGUUUGCUCUCUCCUUUGGCUAGACCAGCCGAACCAAAUGCAAGACCCGAAAAGAGUACGGACGUGAAGGAAACUCCCUUGCUGAAGAUGAAUCUACGACGUAAACGCAUGAAAGUCAAAUGGAUGCCAUUUCCCCUAAACCAGUGACGCGGAGAAAGAAACUUUGAUUGUGAUUCAUCCCCAAAAAUGCAUGGGAUGUGCAUUCUCUUUUUUUCUGCUCUUCCCUUUCCUAAGAACUCUGCAGCCUGCUAUUUUCUAAUUAAGAUAAUGUUUGGAAUAACUAAACAUCUAAUUUGAGAAAUUAUUUUUAUUAUAAAUUAUGCUGUUUACUGAGGGACUUGAGCACCAAAAAAGAUGGCUUAGUUUUUAAAGGUUUCUACUAAUGCAAAUAUAAAUAGUCUUUUAGCGAUGCUAUAAAUAAAAUUUGAUACUUGUAAAUUAUUUUGUUACUUGGUUUGUUUAUAGAACGGAUUGUGUAGGAAAUGUAAAGCCGGAUCAAACAAUUACAAGGUUUAUGGGUUGCACCACUUGGAUGAUGUGGUUCACCAUGCAUUGGUUAAGUGUAACAAGAUGGUCUAUUUUAAACGGAUGGACGUUUUGCUUUACUUGGCACUUAGUCUCCUCUAUCAUGAGGUCUUAAAGGUGCAGUGUGUAAAUUUUAGUGGCAUCUAGUGGUAAGGUUGCGAAUUGCAACCAAUGGCUCAGUCCACUGCUCACCUCUUGCUUUUGAAACGCAUAGAGAAGCUACGGUAGCCACCACCGGACAAACAUGUCAUCGAUGGAGACAACUUAGUAAAAAAGUUUGUCCGUUGAGGGCUUCUGUAGAAACAUGGCUGCACAAAAUGGCGACUUCCAUGUAAGGGGACCCUCUGUGUAUGUAGAUAAAACGUCUCAUUCUAAGGCAAUAAACACAUUAUGAAAGGUCUUUAUACACCCCUGAUAAUUUAGUUUUAUAUAUUAUUUUGCAUUUCUGUCAAGAGAUCCUUGUAAAAAUUAUACACUGCACCUUUAAGUUGAAGAACCCCAAGUUUGUUCAUUGCAAAUAAUGUACAUGCAUUUUUGUUCAGAUACAUCAGUUAUAUUUAAAAGAGCAUUGUGAACUCUGUUGUAAUGCAUAUUUGCUUUCAAAUACAAAUAAUUUACAUUUUUAAA